AUGCGUGGUGAAUCUAGAAAAAUAACUGUUCUAGCUGAAAAGGAAAAAUUUCAAGCAACUGGGAACAAGGGCAUACUGUUUGUAUCUAUUGACCAUAAUAGGCCUCUUUCAGACCAAGGUCCUUUUGAUAUAGUGUUGAAUAAGGUAAUAAGUUAUCGGGUAAAGAGUGGAGCCAAGUUCUUGAGAAGCUUGGCACCUGUUGUGGAAAGGCGAAAAAUGGAUAAAAAUGGAUGGAGUGAUAAAAGUUUCACUGAUUUGCUUGGAUUGUUGAAAGAAAUGCUUCUUGAAGAGUUUGAAAACUAUGAUCAUUGUCCGAAGUGCAAGGCGUCACGAUACAAAAAGAAAGAUGGUGAUUCCAGUGAUGAUGUGAGCACAAAGGGUCCUCCUGCAAAAGUGUUAUGGUACCUACCAAUAAUUUCAAGGUUCAAGAGAUUGUUCUCUAAUGCAAAUGACGCAAAGAACCUUAGAUGGCAUGCAGAAGAGAGAAAUGAAGAUGGAAAAAUUCGCCAUGUAGCUGAUUCUUUGCAAUGGAAGAAAAUUGAUUUGAAGUUUCAAAGUUUUGGCAAAGAGUCGAGAAACCUUAGACUUGGAGUUGCUACCGAUGGAAUGAAUCCGUAUGGUAGUCUAAGUUGUAACCAUAGUUCAUGGCCUGUUCUCUUGAUAAUUUACAACCUAUCUCCUUUGCUGUGCAUGAAGCGUAAAUAUAUGAUGUUAUCUAUGAUGAUUCCGGGCCCAAAACAACCAGGAAACGACAUAGAUGUUUAUCUAAGUCCAUUGAUUGAUGAUUUAAGAUUGUUGUGGGAGCAAGGAGUUGAUGUUCUUGAUGCGUAUUCUGGUGAACAUUUCAAUAUGCGUGCCAUGUUGUUUUGCACCAUCAACGACUUUCCGGCAUACGGUAAUUUGUCUGGUUACAGCGUUAAAGGGCAUAAAGCGUGUCCUAUAUGUGAGAAAGAUACAAGUUACCAUCAGCUUAAUCAUGGAAGGAAGACCGUUUAUCUUGGGCAUCGGAAAUUUUUAGACCGUCAUCAUCCAUAUCGUAAAUUGAAGAAAGCUUUCAACGGAAAAUCAGAGUAUGGUGUUGCGCCAAAACCCUUGACUGGAGAGGAAGUUUAUCAACGACAACAACAUGUGAAGGUUAUCUUUGGAAAGAAAAAAAAGAAGCCUGCUGAAAAAAAUGUAUGGAAAAAGAGGUCGGUGUUCUUUGAUCUUCCAUAUUGGUCAAGUGUUGAUGUAAGACAUUGUAUUGAUUUGAUGCAUGUAGAGAAAAAUGUUUGUGAAAGUCUAAUUGGCACACUUCUUCACAUUAAUGGCAAGACAAAAGAUGGGUUAAGUGCUCGUUUAGAUUUGGCUGAAAUGGGUAUACGACAACAGUUAACUCCACAACAGAUAGGUAACAAGACAUAUUUGCCUCCAGCAUGUCACACUUUGUCUAAGAAAGAGAAAACAAGUUUUUGUGAGUGUUUACAAGGUAUCAAAGUACCGCAAGGUUACUCAUCAAAUAUCAAGAGACUUGUUUCAAUGAAAGAUCUCAAGUUAAUUGGCUUAAAAUCUCAUGACUUUCAUGUUCUGAUGCAGCAACUACUACCAGUGGCUAUUCGUGGAAUAUUGCCUAUUAAAGUUAGGAAAACUAUAACUAGGCUGUGCUUAUUCUUCAAUGCAAUAUGUAGUAAAGUCAUUGAUCCAUUGAAGUUAGACGAGUUGGAAAAUGAGGCUGCAGUCAUCUUGUGUCAGUUGGAGAUGCAUUUUCCUCCUUCAUUUUUUGACAUUAUGGAACACUUGAUUGUUCAUUUGGUAAGGGAGAUUAGAUUGUGCGGUCCAGUUUGUUUAAGGUGGAUGUAUCCGGUAGAACGGUACAUGAAGAUACUAAAAGGGUAUACUAUGAAUCCACACCGUCUGGAAGCUUAG